CUGUAUUUCAGGGUGGAAAAUAGCCAGCAGAGAGUGCAAGAGGCCCCUUCUGUGCUAUUACUCCACAGUCCAUAUCCAAGCUCAAGGUAAGGCACCUUGGUGCCCACUAUGCCCUGGCUACAGUGUGUCUGCUCCAGUUUGUUCUUCGAGGACAUCACCACUUCAAUUCUCUUCCGAUUACUUCUCUAUCUGCCCUUGGUGUGUGUGUUCACAACCGUCUUUUGGGAGUAUGGGCCACCGAUCUUCCCAACCAGUCUCAAAAUACAUAUCUAUUCUACAAAUUUCAGCCUGGAGCCCGGAGGAAACGCCCGCCAGGAUGCUUGUAUGCACACAGAGGAUAUGGAGGAGCCUCCCUUCUCCUUUUCUCCCAGACGACACCCCUGCAGCCCGCCCGGACCCUUCUUUCCUCCCUCCCCGCCCGUGCCCCUCGGAGGGUGCAAUAUUCGCCCGGGAGCCGCGCGGGCUCGGGAUGCGGAGCCGGGAGCGCGCAGGGCGGUCACAGGCUGGGCCCGCAGCGCCCCGCUCCGCGCGGACCUGCCCUGCACACAACGCACGAUCCCCGCCGGCGCCGCCACAACGGCUCAAACUUGAGAGGCGACAGCACCUCGGAACGGCGGCGGCCCCGGCCGGCCCCGCCCGCGCCGCGGCGGGGGAAGAUGCGCCGGGGGCGCGGCAGGAGCGGAGCGCUGCCCGCCGGAGGCCGCCGCACCUGCUGCGGAGACAUAUUACACCAGAAUUCCAGAUGAGAGGACGAAGACUAUGAGUGAAGAGUACCCUGGAGAUCACAUGCAGUUCUUUUCCUGGGUCAGAACUGGAUUGAUCUGAGAACAGUAAUUAUGAGGCUGACAUGUAUGUUCUCCUUCAUCUUGCUGUUUGGAGCAGUUGGGCUCGUUGUCUUCAUUCACCUACAGGAUCCAGAAGAAAUAGUUCAUCAGCAGACACCAGGUUAGCAUUCCUGUUUCUAUUUGAAUCACCUGCCCUUUCAUGGUCAAUAUUUUGUACUUAUAUUCUCAAUGUAUUUUACAUAUUUCACAGAGGAUACCUCAAAAAAGGUGUGUCAUUCUUAAUGAAGGCUACCUUGAAAGUAACUAUCAAUUUCUUUAAAAAC